GUUCAAAACGCUUGAUCGUCACGUGAUUCAUGUAGACUUCAGGAAGUUAUUUGCGGGCUUUUGACCCAAACAGCCAAAGAGUAAGUGAAUAAAACUGCUGUAUGCUCGUAUCUGAGCACGUGAUGGCGUGACGCUCCAUGAAACGUCGUGACGCAGCCUGGCUCUAAUUGGUGCAUUUUGGUAUGACGCCAGUUCCCAGCGCAUAGUUCUGAUCCGGACGUGAAGCUCUGGUUGGCUGGAGUGGGCAGGAGAUGGCAGAAGGAAGUGACGAAUCAGGAAGUGACGAAUUAGUAAGUGACGAAUUAGUAAGUGACGAAUCAGGAAGUGAGAUGGGGUUUGAAGAAGAUGGCGGGAGAGAUAGGAGUGUAUGGAAAAUACUACGAUCGAGAAAAAGGGAAAAAAGGAAAAGAGAAUAUCUAACACAGAAGAAACAGAUAGCGAGCAACAAAACAGGAAGAGGAACACAAAGUAAUCAUAAAAUUAUCUCAAGAAGGGACAACGUUUGCUCGCGCUACAUCACCAUGUCCCUUUAGGGGCGCCGUACCGCUACAGCCUGGCAGAGGGCAUAUAAACUGAGGUUUGUGUCCAGCGCGCGCAUAACGGUCGUCCCUGCUGAGAGGAUCUCCAGACAGCGAGUGAGUUUUCCUGAGGUAAAUACUUUCUACUUAACACGUUUUUAACACGUUUCUCUUAUAAGUUACUUUUAAAGCGUAAACCAUUACCACGAUCAAUUAAAUAUAGCUGGAGUUCUGGAGUCAUGAAUCUCUGUAUUUUUCCUUCCAGUGUCCUGAUUCUUUACACCUCUUAUAAUGAAAUCCAGACGACGCUCUUCAGGAAAAUCUCCACAGACUCCUGCUGCUACUGGCUCAAAGAUGUACCACUGCUCAGACUGUGGGAAGAGUUUUACUAAAAGUCAUCAUCUCAAAGAUCACGAGCGCAUUCACACAGGAGAGAAGCCGUAUCACUGUGGACAGUGUGGGAAGAGCUUUACACGUCAGAAUAAUCUCCAAAUACAUGAGCACAUUCACACAGGAGUGAAGCCGUAUCACUAUGGACAGUGUGGGAAAAGUUUUACUCAUGAGAGUAGUCUCCAAAUACACGAGCGCAUUCACAGAGGAGAGAAGCCGUAUCACUGUGGACAGUGUGGGAAGAGUUUUACUUGUCAGAGUAGUCUCCAACGACACGAGCGCGUUCACACAGGAGAGAAGCCGUAUCACUGUGAACAGUGUGGGAAGAGCUUUACACGUCAGAGUAGUCUCCAAAUACACGAGCGCAUUCACGCAGGAGAGAAGCCGUAUCACUGUAGACAGUGUGGGAAGAGUUUUACUUGUCAGAGUAGUCUCCAACGACAUGAGCGCAUUCACACAGGAGAGAAGCCGUGUCACUGUGAACGGUGUGGGAAGAGCUUUACACGUCAAAGUAGUCUCAAAAUACACGAGCGCAUUCACACAGGAGAGAAGCCGUAUCACUGUGAACAGUGUGGGAAGAGCUUUAUGCGUCGAAGUAGUCUCCAUAUACACGAGCGCAUUCACACAGGAGAGAAGCCGUAUCACUGUGGACAGUGUGGGAAGAGCUUUAUGCGUCAGAGUCAUCUCCAAAUACACAAGCGCAUUCACACAGGAGAGAAGCCAUAUUACUGUGGAUGGUGUGGGAAGAGCUUUACUCGGGAGAGUUGUCUCCAAAUACACGAGCGCGUUCACACAGGAGAGAAGCCGUAUCAUUGUGGACAGUGUGGGAAGAGUUUUACUUGUCAGAGUAAUCUCCAAAUACACGAGCGCAUUCACACAGGAGAGAAGCCGUAUCACUGUGGACAAUGUGGAAAGAGCUUUACGCGUCAGAGUCAUCUCCAAAUACACGUUCGCGUUCACACAGGAGAGAAGCCGUAUCACUGUGGACAGUGUGGGAAAAGUUUUUGUGACCAGAGUGCCCUCCGCAGCCACCAACAGAGUCAUACAGGACAGAAGCCGUACUUUUGUGGACAAUGUGGGCGGAGCUAUACUCGUUCAAGAUCAUUAAGGACACACAAGUGCUCUGACAUAAAGCCAUCAGAUCUUGACGUGAAUUAG